GAGCGCAGGCGAAGAGAGAAAGAAGAACAUAAACGACAGAAAGAAGAAGAAAAAAGAUUAACAAAACUCCAGAAGGAAGAAGAAAAAAGAUUAUCAAAACUUCAGAAGGAAGAAGAAAAAAGAUCAGCAAAACUUCAGAAGGAAGAAGAGAAAAGAUUAUCAAAACUUCAGAAGGAAGAAGAAAAAAGAUUAUCAAAACUUCAGAAAGAAGAGGAAAAAAAAUCAACAAAAUGUCAGAAGGAAGAACAAAAAGGAUUAACAACACUUCAAGAUGCGCCCGAAUCAUAUGUGAAUCAAUUAAAAUUAUGCCCAAAGUGUAUGAGUAAAGUUGAAAAAAAUGAUAGUUGUAAUUAUACAACGUGUAAAAAACUUGAAUGUGGAUAUGAAUUUUGUUGGGU